AUGAAAUAAAAUAUUUUGUGAUUGUGUCGUCUAAUUUGUCUGGCAUCUUAAUGUGUUUUUAUAUUUAAUGCGUGACAUUACAUAGAGUGCUUCUUGAUUGAGGAAGUUAAGUUUAUCACAUACACAAAGGGACAUGAAUCAUGGACUCGAAAAUAACGAUACAAUUAUCUAUUUCAAUUUUUGAAAUACAAAAAAUACACAAGUGUAACGUUAUCAAACGUACAGUUUCAAACUUUUAAAUCUUUAUAUUUUCGAUCAUCACUUCAAAAUUAUAUUUAUCGAGAAAAAUAAAAAUGAUUCUCAUUUAAAAAAAUCAAUAUCAAUAUAGAGAUCAAUCAAUUUUACACAUUAUAAUUGUCACCAAAAUUCCUUUUAUUGUCAUCAUUAUUAUUGUAUAAUUCAUAAAUAUAAAUAAUUAAAAAAUUUUAAAUUAAUUUUGAGAGGAAAUAAAUUAACUGCACUAAAAGAAAAAAAAUAUUAACAAUGACCUUGUUUACCCUAAUUAAAGUCUCAAGUUUAGCCAUUGCUAUAUAAUAUUUUUUUAAACCUCCAUGUAUAAUUUAAGAAUGGACGGUACACAAUUAAUUAAAUAACAUGCCGACUCAGAUACGCAUUAAAUAAGUGAGUCAACUUGUCUCAUGUAUAAAACGUAGUCUACAAUCGGAUGUACAUUGGUUGUAAACAUUUUUAAGUUCAUAAUUCUUCAUUAAACAUUAAAAAAAAAUUUAUUCUUUUUACAUAUAUAAAUAUAUAUAGGUCAUUUGACUAUCUAUGUGUAUGUGACAAAGUUGGUUUGUACUAUUAAUUGAUUGAAUCGAAUGAAAUAGAAAAAAAGAUGACCUACGUACAAAGAGACAACAUGAUGACGACAAACAAUUGCGUGAAAUAAUAAAAGAGUCAGAGUAGUAGGAGGUCCAGCAUUUAUACAACAAAAUAAAUUUCAGAGUGCUUAACAACUUUGGUGUGUUAACAUCCGUUAUCAUUUCGGAAAUUAGAUUCAAUAAAUAUUGUAACAAAUUCUAAACGUUUUAUAAAUGUCUCUUUAAAUUUUGAUCAUAGCAAUAAAAUAACGAUAUUUAUUUUUUAUUUUGAAUGACGAUAAAUAUAUAUCAUUUAACAAUUUAAAAUAAUAAUAGUUAUUUUUUUUUAUCAAAUGAUAGCAGUGUAUUAUAUCAUAUGAAUUUAAUUAAAAGAAUUUCAUAAUCAGUGUGUACAAUUAUUGUUCAAUAAAAUCAAAAACAUUUUAAUUUUAACAAUAGAAAAAUGAAGUGUUUUGUAUUGUUAUUAGUGUUUCUCAGUUCAACGCCCAGAGUAGUCAAGAAAUUAUGUCGUGAACUUAAAGCACAGGAAUCGUUGGAUAUUACUAAGCUGAUGGGAAAAUGGUACAUCAUCGAAGUGUUACAGCAAAAAUUUAAAACACCAGAUUUACAAAAUGAAUUAGUAAUACGAUUAUUGGAUUCAUGUCCAACGGUUAAUUUACGAUUCACUGAUAAUGGUGGAAUAAAAUUACUAUGGACUGAAAGUAAAGGUGAUCUUGAUUAUACAUUUCAAAUUGAAGACAUCAUUAGAAGUCCUGGUAUUUGGCGAUCAGUUGGUCUUCAAAAUGGCACAUUAACAGAACAACCUUACACUCAAUUUGUUGGAACAGUUCAUGUGAUGAAAGUUGUUGUUCAUCAUCUUGUCUUAACCUUUUGCUCCCAAUCACCUGGUGUAAAUCUUUACUCAGUAAUAUUGAGCCGAGAGCAUAUUCUUCCAAAAAAUCAAAUAACUGGAAUUCAUGGCUUAUUGGAAAGACGACAAUUGCAAACUACCAGUAUACUGACAGCAUGUGCAAAAGGAACUGCAUCAACGUUGAGUGGAACAUCUAUGAUAACAAUGCAUUUUACAAUUAGUUUAAUUGUAUUGUUUAGUUUUAUUUUCACUCUUUAUUUGUGAAAAUUUAAUAACUUACCCUAGGCAAAAAAAUUUCUUAUACUUUUGUUUAUAUUUAUAAAUUUAUAUAUUGAUAAUUUUGAUCCGGAAAAUUCCUUUUUUUCACUAUGUAAUUACCUUUUUUAUGUUGAAUGAAGUUUGUCAGAAAAAUUUAUUUUUUAUGUUCAAUACAAAAAAUUAUACAUUUGUAUAUACACUUUUUUUUUAUUAUCAAAUAUAUUUUUAUUUUCACAUGUUAAUUCUCUGAUUAUAAGUUAUAACUUAAAAUUUAUUUUUUAUGUUUUUUUUUAAUGUAAAAGAGUUAAAUAUUAUCACUA